AUGGGCAUGGAAGAAAUGACCCACUUGGACGACCCUUUGGCAGGAUCCUCUGGAAGGACGACCCUUUGGCAGGAUCCUCUGGAAGGUAUGAAUCCCAGGGAUAUUUGCCAUGACCCCCUGCAUCAUUGGGCCCAGCAACAAGGCGGGGCCCAAAGCAAUAAAACCUCAGCAUGGGCCAGCUGUCCAAGGGAUCAUCAUAUGAACCAGGAGUGUGAUCAAGGAAGGAGAAUCAAUCUUAAAUUAUCCAGAAACCAGGAGGGGUAUUCAGGAAGGGGGAACCCAUCUGGGAAAUUAAACCUGAGAUUCAAUGAUGGGAUCCAAGAACCAAGAGGGGAACCAGGAGGGGUAUGCGGGAAGGAGAACCCAUCUGUGAAAUUAGACCUGGAAUUCAAUGAUGGGUUUCCGGUUGGGGGAGCAGGAAAAUUGCGACCCCCGCAG